AAGCAAUCUCUGGCAAUCUCUUAUUUCUGCAAUACACAUCCAAAUACAUCGUACAUAUGUCGUUUCAGUAACACUAUUAUCUUAUAAGGCACUGGAUAUUUCUUUCAACAGGAAUAGUACAUAGUAAGCAAGAAAAUGUCUCUAUGGAUUCAUAUAUUCUUGAUUCAUAUUCUAUAUGCAUUACAUGGAUCAUCAAAUGAUCAAUAUAUCCUAAUAUCAUCAGAUAUAGAAAGUGCUGAAGUAUUUCAACAUGAAAAAGUACAAGCAAGUAAAUAUCUCCCAAAUUGGAGUAGUUUGGACAGUCGACCACUUCCAAGUUGGUACAACGAUGCAAAGUUUGGCAUUUUUAUUCAUUGGGGUGUCUUUAGUGUUCCUAGUUUUGGCUCAGAAUGGUUCUGGAAUAAUUGGCAAGAAGAAAAGACUAGUACCAAGUACCACGAUUUCAUGAAAAACAGAUAUCCGCCAAACUUUACAUAUCAAGACUUUGCUCGUGAUUUUACUACUGAAUUUUUCAAUGCUACUCAGUGGAGUGAAGUAUUUCAAGCAUCAGGCGCAAAAUACAUUGUACUCACAAGUAAACAUCACGAAGGGUACACACUAUGGCCUUCAAAAUAUUCCUUCAGUUGGAAUUCUGUGGAUGUAGGACCACGAAGAGAUCUUAUAGGUGAAUUGGCAAUGGCAAUAAGAAGUACAACUGAUUUGAAAUUUGGCCUGUAUCACUCUUUAUAUGAAUGGUAUAAUCCUCUUUAUCUGCAUGAUAAAAGCAAUAAUUUUACAACGGAUAUUUUUGUUAAGCAAAAAAUAAUACCUGAAAUGCAUGAGUUGGUAGAAGAAUAUAAGCCAGAAGUUAUAUGGUCUGAUGGUGAUUGGGAAGCAUCUGAUAAUUACUGGAAAUCAAAAGAAUUUUUAUCUUGGUUGUACAAUGAAAGUCCUGUAAAGGAUACAGUUGUUACUAAUGAUAGAUGGGGUGCUAAUAUACCAUGUCAUCAUGGUGGAUUUUAUACAUGUACGGAUCGUUAUAACCCUGGAACACUUCAAUCUCAUAAAUGGGAAAACUGCAUGACUGUCGAUAGAAAAUCUUGGGGUUUCCGUAGAGAUGCUUCUUUAUCGGAAUAUUUCACUUUACAAGAAUUAGUAAAGGAGUUAGUAGUUACUGUAAGCUGUGGAGGAAAUUUAUUAAUGAAUAUCGGACCAACGAAAGACGGUAUUAUUUCGCCAAUAUUUGAAGAAAGAUUACGUGGGAUGGGUGAUUGGUUAGCAAUAAAUGGAGAAGCUAUUUAUAAUACUGAACCAUGGGUUGUGCAAAAUGAUACUUUAAGUGGUAGCACUUGGUACACUCAGAAUAAAGAUCACGGCAAAAUCUAUGCACUAAUACUUGAUUGGCCAGAGGAUAGCAGCCUGUAUUUAGAGUCAAUAACGCGUCACAUGAUCACACAUAUUGAGUUGCUUGGAUCUAAUAAACCACUUUAUUGGAAGGAACUAGAUGUUAAAAAAAUAUUUAUACAGAUGCCAGACAGAUUUCAUAAAGGACAACCAGCCUGGACGUUGAAAAUAACAUAG